UUGAAAGGAGAAGAGGUGCAAAGUAGAUGAUUGAUUUUAGGUGCUUUCACUGUUUAACCUUGACUUUCUCUGGGGAUAUGCAAUGCAAUCAUUUUUGCUUUAUGAUUAAGGCCAAUCUGAUUAAUUUAUAAGUAUUACUUUCAACCUAUCAUUUUUUUAGAUUGGUACAAGUUUUGUUUAGUCUUUGCUUGGUGGUGGGGAAGAUAGCGACGAGAUUAACUUAAAAGGCCGACUCUUCUUACCGGGACCAAAAAAAACCAGAGCUCACCCCAUUCUUGGCGGUAGACAGAGGAAGAAAUCAUGGGAUCCGAAGCAGAAAAACAAUGGAGCUACACACCAAAGCUACUGCUGUUCUCAUCUCCACAAGCGCACAAGCAGUCGCCAGAAAGAUCAGGGACGUUAACCCCACCAUUACACGCCUCAACCACGGUUCCGUUUCGGUGGGAAGAGGAACCGGGAAAGCCUAAACCUUGUACCACACUAACCAUUUUCUCUGACCUCAAUGACUUGGCCCAAAAGUGCCUGGAACUGCCUCCCAGACUGCUACACGAUGCCAAGAAUACCCCAGCCUUGGAAGGUGCUAGGUUUCAGUCAUCUUCUUCUUUCAGAAUGGGAAGUGCGUGUUACGGAUCCUUUCGUAGUGGCUGUCGUAGUCCCGAGAGGGUGCACCUUGGCACCAUGGUUCUUAGCAAGAGAGGAACGCACAAAGCAAAAUGGUUUCUUGGUCCUUGGAGAAGAAGGGCUAGUAGAGAAGUUGACGGGACUGGGAAUAGCCAUGUCUUCCCGUCUUCUGGGGACAGAGACAGUGAAUGCAGUGCCGAAGAAGAAAGCAACUGUGCCACAAGUGUUAAGAUCACCAGAAUUAAAAGGGUUGGAAGCUUUCGUAGCCUGUUACACUCCAACUUCAAAUUCUUGGCAACUAUGCAGGAAGGUUUCAGGCUCUCAGUUCCAUGGAGUAAGAGGGAAAAGAAGGGUGGAUUUGUGGGAUGACCCCUGUUUUCUUUUAGUUGAUAUUUUGGUGUGAAUGAAAAUGACUAAUCUAAUGUAAAAUAGGUAAAGUCCAUUACUAUUCUGUCUCUUCUAUACUCUAGCUGUUGUUGUGGGGCUGUAUGGAACUCAGGAUUUGUUUGUAUUCAGCUAAGAUUUUGUCGGCAUGGAUAUGUAAUAUUAG